AUGUCGGUUUCUAGUUUAUGCCAUUCUCCAGUACCCCCUUCUGUAGGUAAUCCGGUUAGCUCAGACCAAACAGGUACGGGUUGUCUCAAAAUGGCUAACACGCACCUACCGAACAAUUCUUGUGGCCCAGUACCCCUCUCGAUGCUUGCCUGUUCUAGACAACCUCUACAGCUCUCAUCGCCAACUUCCUCUUCCUCCUCUCCCUCUUCGUCUUCAACCCCCCUUUCUCCUUCUGCAUCACUUUCCAUUUCCUCUGCCACGAGUUCUGAGCUUCCCUGCAUAUCAAAUUGUCUCCCUCAUGUUUCUGCAAUCACUACCUCUACUACUAUAAGCAUAGCUUCUGCGAUAUCUUCUUCUUCCUCUUCACCCACUACCUCUCUUGUCUACGAUAGCAACUUACCCAGCUCAGUUGCCCGCGAGACCAAUAGAACAUCUGUUCCCAGCCUUCGCUCAUUAAUUGGCCUCUCUUCAGGUUCGCAGCCUCCGGCCUCAUCGCGGUCUUCUGGUCUUGGUUUGCUCCACAGACGUACGGGUGUCAAUAACCAUCUCGGAAUACAGCCAUCUGUCUCACCUAAUCUCUCUUCUGCCCAUAAUUCUUCACUUUCAUCUUCCUCAUCUUCUUGCUCCGUAUCCUCUCGCAGCUCCUCGAUCUCACUCAGAACACGGCCUACUAUUGGUUCCACUUCACCCAACGCAAUGUCCUUCGCCGCUCGCCUAGACAUCUUAACCUGGUCAAAUCAUGGCCAUGCUAACUCAAAUGAUGGUUGUAGCCUCGGGAUUGGCAAUGGUAACGGUGCCUACUCCCGCAAAAUGCUUCGUUGCGAUGGUUGUGGCAAGUAUUACCGAAACGAGUACAGCCUACAUCAUCAUAUCUGCCUAAAACGGAAAGAUGUUUGGCGGAAGGGUGACAUUCCCUCUGGCCUGGUUGACGGCCAGCUAGUAUACUACUGUCCUGCCUGUCGAAAGCCAUUCAAAUGGCUGGGAAACCUAACACGGCAUUACUAUGUACACACUGGGCAGCGUUUUUUUAAAUGUGACAUUUGUGACAAACAAUUCUUCUCAGCUUAUCAAGUAGGUUUUCUUUGCCUUUUGCAUUAUUAUUUUAUGUCUUAG